GUGUGUGUAGGUGUAAAGUAAGGUUGUGUCACCAUCCAUGUGUGUAUCAUCGUAGGUAACACUGGCACUAUGGCGAGUGCCGUAGAUGCAGUAGUGGAUGAGGGAAAGGCUUUGGGUGGUGUUGUAGACAAGUAUUUCUCUUUCAUCUACGAGGAACCCACGGAUGACGCCCUCAGCGACGUGGAAGAGAGCGUGAUUGACUCUGCCGUCGACCACGGCUCUUCCAUGGAAGACACCGUCGUUACCUCACAUCCAGAUGACCCCAUAUCCCAGAACUCCCGUCACGAAGAUGCUCAAACUGCAGACAGCGUUAUCAGACCACAGUCAACAGAUUUGGAAACCGAACAAGGUGGCGAAAAUGUCACUGAAUAUGUUGACUGUCUGAAGUCUGAGAAUUUUCAUGGAAGCAGCCCUGAAGAUGGUGAUAUUACUUCAAGACAUGAUUUGGGGAGCCGAGAGAUACUGGAUGUAGAUGCUGUGACAGCAUCCUGCGGGAAUGACCGCCUGGAAAGCUACAGAAAUAAUAUUGGUACUUUAGAUUUGGGGAGCCAAGACACGCUGGAUGUAGAUGCUGUGGCAGCAUCCUGCGGGGAUGGCAGCUUGGAAAGCUAUAGAAAUGAUACUGUUACUUUAGAGGGAUAUGAAAAUGAAGCUGAGAUAAUGUGUUUGGAUUUUCCUGACCAGUUUGGUGCUAUACCCGCCGCUGGUGCUGCUGUUAAGCUACCCUCCACAACCCUCACAAUCACAGCCGCCGCCGCUGACCAGCCACAGGAGAAACUCAAGGUGAACCCGUUCUUGAGCCCUCAGUUAAACCCACAUCUGAGCUUCCAGCUGAAUCCUCAUUCCAACUCAGAGUUAAAUUUCCCAUCAAAUGUGAAUUUGAACCCUGAGUCGAAUAUGUCAAGCAGUUCUGGAGCAGAGCCGCAACACUGGAGGUCUUUGACGAGUGGCUCAUCAAGUCUUGAAGUCACCAGCAAACCGGAAGUGUGUGAGUGGAGUCCCGGGCCGCAGCACAACACCGUUACUCCUAUCCUGCUGCUCGACAACUCUCACUCCAUUUACGUGAGCGGCGACGCCCACGAGCGCAAUCCCAGAGCCACUUCGGUAUAUCUGAACGCUAACCAAGACAGGUCUAGCAGUUAUAUAGUCCCUCCUUGUGACUCAGCCUCUGCUGUUACCAUUAAGAUCACACCAGACGAUGAUAGGUCCUUAGAUAACGUAUUAGGAGAAAGUGAGGGUAUUUUAGUAAAUAAAGUGGAUCCAGAAGCUUUCGGAAACUUUUUGGAAGAAAUGCAGAAGCCUUAUACUUGUGUUGAGUUCGGCAAGUGUGAAGAUGAUGGUGCUACAGUUAAUUUACUCGAGGAAAUGCACAAACCUUUCGUUACUGGUGAUUUUGGCGAGGUCGACAGAAGUGGCGGUGCAAGGUAUGAUAGUUUUAGUGCUUGUGAAGACCGUAGUGUGCUUGAUAUUGGCGCUAUUGAGUGUGAUAUACUAGACGAACUGUUUGAGGGAAUCAUAAAGAACGAGGCCAAGUUCACACUUUUAAGGCCUGAGGAUCUAGUACACGAUGACAAGACUGGAGUUGAGGAGGGUGAGGGCAAAUGUGGUAGUAAGGGUAAUGUGGAUGAUAGUGAAUUUGAACUUCAGAAACAGGAUAAAGGUGCUUGUGAAUCAGAGAUGAUCAGGGAAGAUCCAUUGUCCAUCGUAAGGGAAUCGGAUCACAUUAGUCUAGAAUUUACGGAACCUGUAAGCUCAUCCCGGCCCCACACGCCAGAGGCUACGUUUGUCGAAGGAGGGGGUCAGGAGGCACCAGAGCAGAGACAACAGGACGUGGAGUGCGAGAGCGCCAUAGGUGAUCGCAGCUGUACGGAGGACAACGACCAGAGUCUAAUUGGGGGUUGGGGGAAGGAACCUGUUGCGCCCGCCCUGGCUAUUGAGAGUGAUGACGUGAGUGCGACAGGUAAUUCAGAUCACGAGAACACAGCCGGAGAGCAUGGUGCCCCAUGUUCUUACACGUGUGAGGGGCAGGGAAGCACAGCUGAGCAGCGCCCGACAUUCCUUUGUGACGAAGAUGACCCGGCGUACUCUAGGUCCUUCACUCAGGACCAACCCAUUUGUACGGAAGCUGCUUCCGCCGCCGCCAGUAAUAUGACUGCACCUUCAGGCCAGCCCAACCUAGCUACACCUUCGGCUGCCUGCAGUGAAAGUGAGGAUUGCUCAUGGCAUGAAAUAGGGGCAGUGGGUGGAGCGGGCAUCUGGCGUCCUGACCAGUUAGACGCCACUUCUGACGUCUGCGACUUCGAUGCUGACUGUGAGUCUGCCGAAGACUCUAAAACUGGUCUUGCUGCAGCAGUAUCAAGGAUUGUUCGGAGGAGCAUGAGACGCAUGCGACGCCUAAGGUUAUCGGGGCGUGGAUCACCUCGCCGUAGCCACUGUGGGAGCGAGGAUACUAUUGGUGUAAGCGAGGAGACUGAGUUGCGGCGAUCGCUGCCCUCUGCACCACCUGUGGGGCUCUCCACCGUGCGUUCCCCCGCUGCCGCCUCCAUCAUCGUCACCUCCCUCAUGGCAGCUCUCGCCCCUCCACCCCUCUAUGCUCCCAGAGAGACACUCGACCCUCCACCAGGAGACGCCCGCACACCAAGUAAUCCUGAGGAUACAACGGCGCCUGAAGGUAUUUGGGGUAGACAGCAGCGGUCCAGACACCGGCGGGGAGCCUCCAUGGGGCGCCUCCAUCCCCCGAUGGAGCCUGCCUUCCCCACGGCGCCCCUGAGUCUGGAGGUGGAGGUGGGCGGCUAUCUCCCCAGCGGCCCCAGGAGCCUCGACUCCGAUCUGUACGUCCCCAGCGCCCCGUCUAGCCUGGAGAGAGGAAGGCCCUGGGAGUCUGCAGCAGUUAUUCCUCGGCCCUUGUUCGCCUCCCACAGUCAUCUCCCCAGCACGAGUCUCCAGAGUGUCUCGCCAGAAGGAUUUGCCAGCGAGACGUCGACUGGUGCCACUGAGAGGAGAAGAAACCACCACAGAUCUGAUCACGUCCCAAGCGAUACCAACAACAACAGUAAUAUUAGUAACAAUAAUGUGGCUAGCCUUGCCCCAGAACUACAAGCAGCUAGUAACAUAAGCCGGAGAAACAGCAGCAGCAGCAGUAUCGCACAGCUACACAACACAACCAGUAACACUUUCGGCAGCAACACAGAUUUCAACAGCAGAAACAUCACUGAUACUAAUAUAUACAGCAGCGAAGGACACCAUAUAGGUAGCAACAGCAACGAAGCAAACAGCAGAAGCAGUACAGUUAGUGAUGAGAGCAACAGGAACAGCACUCUCACUGACGGAAGCAACAGAACCAGUAUUAUCAGUGACUUAAGCACCAGAAACAUCACCAGUGACGAAAGCAACAGAAACAGUGUCGCUAGUGACGGAAAUAUUAAUAACGGGGGUAACAGAAACGACGCUGCCAGCGAUGGAAGCAACAGAAGUAGCAUCGCCAGGGAAGAAAUUUUGAACAGAAAUAGUGUGACUAGCGAAGCAAACCCUGUAAAUAAUCUCAACGAAGUCAACAACAGAAACAGUGCCACCAGCGAGGUAAGCAGCAGAAACAGCGCCACCAGCGAGGUAAGCAGCAGAAACAGCGCCACCAGCGAGGUAAACAACAGAAACAGCGCCACCAGUGAGAGAAGAAGCAGAAGCAACAAUGAAGGGAACAGCAACAGGGGUGGACGAGGCAACAGAGGUAGAAGCAGAAGUGAGAGACAGAGUCCAAGGAGGGACGCCUUCGCGGGGUCUGGUCUGGAAGCUGAGCGUGUAAGAGUCCAGGGAGGCACGUGGACACACACACACUCUGGACUGAUGGCCUCCCUGGCUGUCACUGUCACUACUUUCAACAUCUCCAGAUUCGCCGUCCUUGGUGCCAGGUUUGGAUGGCCAUUUGUGGUGCAAUGGUUGGUGGUGUCUGCUGUGCUGGGACUGCCUCUCAUGACCUUCCACGUGACUGUGGGGCAGUACCUGGGUGCCGGGGUCGUCGAUAUGUGGAGGAUAUCACCUAUAUUCCAGGGUGUUGGGUACAGCCUAGUGGUGGCGCAGGCGCUGGUGGGACUGUAUUGCUGUGUACCCAUCGCUUGGCUCUUUAUAUUCUUCCGAGACUCCUUCAUCACUCAUAACAACAUGUUCCGAUGGGCAGACUGCCGCUUGGUGAACUGUUCAGUGUUCAACAACUUCACUACCAUCAUCAUCGAGGGAGUUCCCAAAUACUUCAACUCUCAGAUUCUUCAGCGGGGAGAAGGUGAAUCUUCAUGGCUGCAGGAGCUUGGUUCUCUCAAGUUUGACAUGGCCUUCAAUAUUGCCCUCAUAUGGAUCAUAACUCUGAUCGCUCUCAGUAGAGGUAACCAGUCAUAUGGAAAAGUGUGCUACAUAGUGUUUCUUCUGCCAUUACUGUGUUAUUUGGUUGUGUGCCUGUACUUGGCUUCCUGGACCAAAGAUGAUCUCUACAUUAAUGAUGUCACAAACUUCAAUGAGUUUUUCAUGAACAGUCGUUCAUGGAUGGCAGCUAGUCGAGAAGUGUUCCUAGUUUGGGGUUUCCACGGAGCUGUUCUUCAACAGAUGGCAGCACACAAUAAGCGAGGACAUGCUUUGUACCGAGAUACAACGAUACUCUCAAUAAUCACAAGCUUGGUGCUGGUGCUGGCAGCGGUCACAGGUUCAUCUUGUGUGUCUGGACUCCUCCAAAAUAACCUACACUACAAACCAUCUUCUUUUGAGAAUCUGGAGAAUGCUCAGUUCCUGACUGAAACUAAAGUCCAGCAAAAGAUGCUAUUGGAAACCUUCAUUCAGCAUCUGCACAUGGGAAACUUAUCCCCACAACACCUAGCCGAGUACAUGUACCACGAUAACUUCUAUGCAGGGAUCAGAAUACGCUCACCGAAGAUUGGAAAUGUGAAGAGAACAGAAGUAGAUGAUCGGAGUGGUUAUCAAAGUCUGCGUUUGGCCACAGAGCUCUUCCCAGCACUUCUAGCAGUCAAUGGAGCACAGCAAAUCUCACCAUUUUGGUCAUCAUUAUUCUACCUGAGUUUACUUCUUUUUGGUAUUGCUCAACAGCUGGCAGUGUGGCGGACAAUUGUGGAAGCUGUAAUACGUAUAAAUCGUGAAAGGUUACAUGCUUGGGAGACAUUUAUCACAUUUCUCUGCUGUUUGUUUGGGUUUUCUGCAGCAUUACCAAUGGCGACAGGCGCUGGGAUCCACAUCCUGUACUUUCUAGACUAUGUAGUGAGCUGUGGCUGGUGGCUAAUGAUCAUACAGCUUGUUCAGAUUUUUGCUUUACUGUUUGUAAGAGGGAAACCAUACAGUGGCCACGACAUUGUUAGUGAACUAAUGGGCAGUAACAAGCAGUGCCGGUCACUUUGGCUGGGGCCCCUUACCUCCUUCGCAUGGAACAUCAUUGUACCCGUUGGCCUUCUAGUCCUCUCUAUAUCAUCCUUCAAAUCAGGACAAUACAGAGAUGUGUUUGCUUGGGGAAGUGAUAACUACUGGCCAGUGUGGGUGUGUCAACUUGCCUCUGCACUUCAGCUGUUUCCUAUUCUUUUGGUACCACUUGUUGGAUUGGUCCAAACAUGCCGAUACCUGGCUGCUACCGAUGAUGACCUCUUUGAGAGAAUACAACUCUUAUAUAGACCAACAUUACGGCAGCGCACCAGUGGAAAUAGCAGUUUCCUCUCAGUAACAGAGGAAUCAGAUCUAGAUGGCCUUGGAGGUCUUAGAGAUGGACAAGAGGAAACCGUGUCACCACCCACUCCCCGACCUUAUAGUGACCCACCUCCAAAGUACACACCUCCUCCCUCAUACUCCACAGCUACUGGAGUAAGAUUUGCAAAGCUCCUGAACCAAAGUUUGCGUCGGAGCAUGAGACGUCUUCGUGACACAUUGCGUAAUGGCUCGGAAGCUAGUGCACGCACUGAUGCUGAGGGAACACAGCAAGAAUUAGAAUGUGGCCAGCUCAACACAACAGCAGCAAGGGAAAGCACACCCUACAUCCCUCCACCAGAUUAUGUAACAGCUGUCACUGAGUGUAACAGAGAAAGAAGUCAUAGCUCCACAUCCAGUGAAUCACCACCUCAGUACUCUACUUUAGAUCCUUUAAGAAGACAGCAAGCAUUGGCAGCUUUGGCUAAUGCAUCUACUUCUAAUACUUGUAUUAAAGCAGAUGAUGAAACAGAGUUGCCAUUACCAACAGCUCCAGGACUUAAUAGAAAUAACAGCCUACGUAGAUCUGCACUCCGACGUAGCAUAGUCUCUGGUGUGAGGAGAAGUGCUCGACGUCUUGCAGCAUCCUUGGGUGUUGGGGCAGGCGAGGAUGGGACCACGUUGGUAGGCAGUGAAGCUCCAGUAAGUCAUGAUGGUCAGCCAGGAAGAGAGGCUGAACCAUCACAUCCUUAUGCAUAUACUAAUUUUGAGCUGGCGUCUCACUCACAUGCGUGAGGGUGCUUAGUUCACGUUCCAGUGAAAGAGUAGGCAUUAAUAUUUAUACGUAGUAAGAAAAUUGUAUAUACAUUAGUUGUUUUGUUGAUAGGGUUUUAAAAGAUUAAUAUUUUAUCACUUUGUAAUUUAACAUUACCAGAGAUAUAUACUAUUCGUGCAAUACAAUCAUUUUUUAAGUAAUAUAAUUACUACCAAAAAAUGUUAAAUGGGCUUUAAACACCAGAAAGAAUUAGUUCUGUUCAGCUCUCCAUUUUAUUUUUAUCGAGUUAAAUUUAAGUACGCUGCUCAAUUUAUGUAUACAGUAUUUUUAUUAUUUCUCAAAAAAAAGUCAUAUUUCACAAAGUACUGAAAUAAUAUAACCCUUACUUUACAUAAUAUUCAGACACAAGAGCUUUGUUGGUAAGGAAAAUUUCCAACGGAUUAUACUUAAUGUAAGUGUAGCUUGUUUGUACUGGUACAGCAUAUACUUGUUUCUUAACAGUAUUUUAAAAUGCUUCCCCCAGCAGAUUUACUGUUUCAUGUAAGGUUAUCACUCUUUUUACAAGAUAAAAUCUCCAUGCAGUACUUUAAAUUCAUUAUCAUAUACAAUAUUUUAUCUGAGUAAAAUAUUAGUAUCAUAUUGUAUAUAGAGAUAAUUUUCCCAACCAAACUCAGGAGGGAAUCAGAAUGUUUCAAUUAAAAUAUUCCAGAAUUAACUUUAUAGGUAAAAAUUUUACUUGUUAAAUACCUCAUAUAAGUGUGGCUAUUUUAAAACCAAAUAUCACUAUAAUUAAACUUAAAGAGUAAAGGGAAAAAAGUUACUAUUUCCUAAAUGUAGAGGAAAUCUUUAUAAAUUCCUACCAAAAAAAUAUGAACCCACCAUACCUGUUCCAAACAACUGCAUAUCGUUAGAUUUUUUCUAUAAAUAUCAUGACCCUGUUUGUAAAAUACAGGCAGUGUGAUACUUAUAAAUCUGUUCCUCCUCGCCCUUACAUUUGUCAUAAACAAGUUGUAAAGACAACUCAAAAUGCAUUUAAAGUUACUAGUGCAAGAGACAAAACAUGAAAAAUUGCAGUCUGCAGACACCAGAAAACAUGCUGUAUUUUCCCAAUCUCCUAUGCAUCUAUUAAGUACAUUAUGGUCAUCUAGAUUUACAAUGUGAUUAGUGUUAUUUCUCAGGACCACUAAAAGAUAGUGCCUGAGAAAAAGGCAAUCAGAGGAUGUGAAAAUAUUGUGUAUCAGUAAAUGACAUAAAACAUGCUGCUUUACAUUAAAUAAAGAUGUUCAGAUAAGUCUGUGAGAAAGCUACUGCUGAGUACACAUGCAAGUUGAUAAUUACUACCGUAUUAUUAAUGUUGGAAGGCUACACUGAUAUUGUGUAGUAGAAUGUUAGGUUAGAAAAUGUCACAUUACUCUUGGUUGCGAGUCCCUCUCUCAAUAAGUAUAUGUGGCUUCCAGUGUUGCACAAUAUAUAUUUCAAUGCUAUAUCUAAUUCUCUCAUCUCUAUCCUUUAAUUAUUCUAUAAUCAUAUAGUGUAUGUCUUUAUUAAAUAGGCUUCUUCAUAUACUGAAGACACAGAAAACUGAAGUUAAUGUUGACAUACACCUUGUGCACCUCUCUGCAAGUUACAUACACUGAUUGUGUCUAUCACCUAUGAAAAACUCUGUUAUUAUUAUUAUGAAAUUGAUAGAGGAGGUGCUAAACCCAUAGGUAUCAGAGCAAAUAUAGAAACUCAUAGCCAACUAACUUAACCUUCUACUACAAGUAUUAACACAACCCUCUAAUACUAUUCAGCACUUACUAAAAACUUGCAGGUUUACCAGCAGUAGCUUUCUCACAUUAGAUUUACCUGUAUUACUAGGGUCUUGGUAAGUAGUGUAUAAACUUGUUUCCUGUCAGCCACGGACAUACAACAUUCACAUAUUCCCUGCUUGCCUCAACCCUUCCCUAUCUCUACUCUCGAGGAUCUCACUCAAGAAAAGUGAAUAGUCUACAUUUAUUUUAAAUAAUUGCAUGGAAGAAGAGACAGAAUAAAUGUUCACCAUAAUAUAUGUAAACUCAGGGGGUUGUCUCUUGCACCAUGCUUAACUUACAAGCAAAGAGUACUGUUCUUUAUUUUUUCUCUUGUUUCUUUAUUAAUUACCUUGAUUUUUCUUAUAUGGUCAUUUGGAAUACAUUUUUUUUUUUUUCAACAAGUCGGCCAUCUCCCACUGAGGCAGGGUGACCCAAAAAGAAAGAAAAUCCCCAAAAAGAAAAUACUUUCAUCAUCAUUCAACACUUCACCUCACUCACACAUAAUCACUGUUUUUGCAGAGGUGCCCAGAUACAACAGUAUCUGUGUAUAAAAAAUACACAGUAUAUCCCUCCAAACUGCCACUAUCCCAAACCCUCUCCUUUAGAGUGCAGGCAUUGUACUUCCCAUUUCCAGGACUCAAAGUCCGGUUAUAUAAAAUAACCAGUUUCACUGAAUCCCUUCACUAAAUACAUGUAUUACCCUUCUCACACUCCAACAGCUCGUCAGGUCCCAAACUCCACACCUUCUCCUAAUUUCCACACUCCGAAUUUUCUGCAUAAUAUUUACACCACACAUUGCCCUUAGACAGGACAUCUCAACUGCCUCCAUCCGCCUCCUCGCUGCAGCAUUUACAACCCAAGCUUCACACCCAUAUAAGAGCGUUGGUACUACUAUACUUUUAUACAUUCCCUUCUUUGCCUCCAUAGAUAACAUUUUUUGCCUCCACAUAUACCUCAAUGCACCACUCACCUUUUUUCCUUCAUCAAUUCUGUGAUUAACCUCAUCCUUCAUAAAUCCAUCCAAUGACAUGUCAACUCCCAAAUAUCUGAAAACAUUCACUUCUUCCAUACUCCUCCUCCCCAAUUUGAUAUCCAAUUUUUCUUUAUCUAAAUCAUUUGAUACUCUCAUCACCUUACUCUUUUCUAUGUUCACUUUCAACUUUCUACCUUUACACACACUCCCAAAUUUGUCCACUAACCUUUGCAAUUUUUCUUUAGAAUCUCCCAUAAGCACAGUAUCAUCAGCAAAAAGUAACUGUGUCACUUCCCAUUUUGUAUUUAAUUCCCCAUAAUUUAAUCCCACCCCUCUCCCGAACACCCUAGCAUAGGGGGAGAAUUGAUAUACAGUGGACCCCCGCUUAACGAUCACCUCCCAAUGCGACCAAUUAUGCAAGUGUAUUUAUGUAAGUGCGUUUGUACGUGUAUGUUUGGGGGUCUGAAAUGGACUAAUCUACUUCACAAUAUUCCUUAUGGGAACAAAUUCGGUCAGUACUGGCACCUGAACAUACUUCUGGAAUGAAAAAAUAUCGUUAACCGGGGGUCCACUGUACUAGAGGUUAUUCGCAAAAAUUUUUUCUCAGUUGUUUGGCAAUCAUAUAUAUUAACAUUCAGUAUCUGAAUAACCACAAUUACAUAAUUUCCUUAGCUAGCUUUUUUGCCAAAUUUAGGCUAAUUAAAAGUUUUAAGCAACAAUGAAAAAUUAGAUAAUUAUAAUUUUGAAUAAUGGAGCUCUGCUUGAGGGAACUAUCCUUGUAGGAUAAUUUCAACAUUAUUUGAGAUUUGAUACUAGAACUUUUGUUCAAGUCCUAUACUGCACUGUAAAAUUUUCUGUAAAUUUGUAGAAUGCUAAAUUAUAAUCUUUGGGUAUAAUUUUUUUUACAUUUCAAUAUUUUUUAUUCUUUAGGUGUCCUUUUUUAACCCUUAAACUGUCCAAGCGUAGAUAUACGUUGACGUGUGGCAGGCUCCGAACGUAGAUCUACUUUUUUUUUCAUGCUUUCAAAUGGGGAAAAUCAAGGUCGGAGCGCUACACACGUGAACGUAAAUUUACGUUUGGACAGUAUAAGAGUUAAGAUCUUGUUUUAUGCAUUUCUUUCUUAAAACUAGGAAUUGACAAAAUUUUAAGUGUAUGAUGCAUUUGUUAAAUAUGUGGAACUACUGUACUCGUUCUAGAAAUAAAUGUGCCAAAACCAGUUACUUAUUUAAAGAUCAAUUUAAAAUGACUAAUAGAAGGUCACACUAAGAAAAAGUCUUAAAAUUAUUUCUCUUCCAAAUAUAAAGUUGUUUGCAGUCAAUACCUAUUCUUUAUCUCAGUUUUAUUAUGUUAAAGAUGUGAAAAAUACUAUGAAUUAGUAAAGAACUUUCUAGGUUAUUAAAAUAAUGGUGCUCUCUAACUUGUGAGGCUCUGUAAGCCCUAUUUAUUAUAUUUUAAUAAUGGUGGUAUUGAACAAAUGGUCCAUAACAAUUGUCAUUAAUUAGCUAUAUCAAACAUGUAUAAAGUGAAUUCUUUGGACUAAACAUGUUCAAUGUUUUGUUUACAAUGAACCGAGUGGUCAGUAAUAAUGUAACCUAGCAGCUAUAAGGGUCGAGACCAAGAGAGGUUAAUAACGUCCUGUCUUGUGGGUAGGAAGGAGCAGACCCAGCCAUUGCUAUAUGCAAGUAAUUGUAAUGAAUAUCCUAUACUAUUUCCUUUACUAUGUUAAAUAAAGUGUUAUUUAUUACAGUGAAUAGCAUUAUUUUACAUACAGUGAAUAAAGUUUUAUUCAUUACAAUGACUUAAAUAACAAACAACACUUCAUUCACUGUAUGUAAAAAUGUAACAGAUGAAUCCAUUAUAUUCAUUAAGAAUAUUAUUAAAUUAAAAGUUAAAUCUAGGAAACAUUAUCAUAAAUUUUUACCAUACCAGUCACUAAACAACAAGUGCAUGCUGAAGACUAUAUAUACUAGGGAUGUGCCAAAGUAUCAGUAUAAAUUAAUUUUGAUGGUAUCACUACUGGUAUCAACUAAUUUUGAUAGUGUUGGUAUCGGCCUUAAAUUGAGUAUCUGUAUUGGCAAAAAUUUUGGUAUUAUCCCAUCCCUAAUAUACACUAUAUAAAAAAUUAAACCUAACACCUAAAAUAUUAAAAAUAAAUUUUGUGGUUAGUGUAAUAUAUGAGAGGCCAUAAUCUGCACAACUAAUGAGUUGCAAUCUACCUUAUAUAAAAACUAAGAACAUAACAUAAUUAUCCACAGGUUUUGAGUAAACACAUUUUCAUAAAUUAUAAAUCUAGUAUAUAUGAAAUUAAACUCACUGAAAAUGCACAAUAUCUUCCAAAAGAUUUAAUCCCUUCAUAAACAGUUACAUACUGAUUUUAUAUAUUCAACAGGAAUAAUUUUUACAUCAUAUAUGGUUUAAUUUUAAAAAUUACUUAUUUUUGGGUCAUUGAAAGAUUAAGGCCUGUAUCAGGGCUCUGUCCUGACAAAUAUUAAGCUAACUAACUGCCACAUGAAACUCAAAUUUUUGCCUAUGCCUAAAAGUAAAUUUUUUUACACUUGCAGUAAUCUCUCUCUUCAUAGGUAUUGUAUCUAUUUAAUGAUUUUAGUUAUUAAUAAAAACAUUGAAUUUGCUGGUCAAGAGACACAGGAGAAUGCUAGAUUUUUUUUUUUUUUUUCAAGAAGUCGGCCGUCUCCCACCGAGGCAGGGUGACCCAAAAAAGAAAGAAAAUCCCCAAUGCUCGAUUUAUUAAAAUAUAUUAAUGAUUUCAAACUUUUAUGUCUUGUGGCUUUGCCUAAAGAAUCUCUAUCCUUAGGGAUACAUGCAUUAAUGAUAAAAUAAAUGACGACUCCAUUAACCAUGCAGUCACUAGUUGAGUGUUAAAAAACAGUGUGCAUGCCAGAGAUUAAUUUUUUUUUUUUUUAGAUAAAUCUAUUUUUUGUAAGCCAAUGAUGGCUUAGCGCUUCUUUUUGAUUAUAAUAAUAAUGUAAACCAAUGAACUAUUAUUCCAUAUAAUUCAGUGGGACUUACUAGUGUGAAUAUUAUAAGUGGCUACAUGCACCACUUUAAAUGGUUUGUUGCUGCAUAUUGCAAGCAGAUUAAUUAUAAUCAUGGAGGAGUGCUAAACCCAUAGGAUUAUACAGCACAUGUGGGGGGUGGGAUGGAAGGUAUUCAGGCUCAAUUCAGGGAACUGGAGCACAGAUCCAAUUCCCUAGAUCAAGAGCCCCUCACCAGCAUCAAUGAACCUCCCUUGAGGGGUAAGCAGAUUAAAAAGUACAUGUAUGUAAUAUAAAGUUAACAAUAUGGCCUGGAGUAGACACACCUAGAGGUGUCUUAUGUAAUAUAAAGCUACCAUUUUAAGUGUAAUCACCGUCCAAUAAUUGUGUGUACUUAUUUAUUAAUAAAACUGGUUAAAAUACACUAUAGUUUUCAGACCACUUUUAUCAAAUUAAAACACAUUUUUGCAACACCAGAUACAACUAAUUGAACAACUGAAUGCUGUUACAAUACUAUAUUAAUUGAAGCCAAAUAAUGUAGUACAUGCCUUCAAAGAAAGGAUUCUUACAGUAUUUUCAUCUAACAUUAUUAUUAUUUAUUUUAUUAUCACACUGGCCGAUUCCCACCAAGGCAGGGUGGCCCGAAAAAGAAAAACUUUCACCAUCAUUCACUCCAUCACUGUCUUGCCAGAAGGGUGCUUUACACUACAGUUUUUAAACUGCAACAUUAACACCCCUCCUUCAGAGUGCAGGCACUGUACUUCCCAUCUCCAGGACUCAAGUCCGACCUGCCGGUUUCCCUGAACCCCUUCAUAAAUUUCAUCUAACAAUGCACAGAAAAUGGAGGUAAUCGAUGAAAACGGAACCAAAAAAUCUACGAGAAAAGUUGGCCAAAACUGAAAUCAGCGAUAACGGAGAUCAACGAAAACAGAGGGUCCACUGUAAUAAUAAUAAUAAUCAUAAUAUACUAAGGCAACUUUCAUACGUAUUUUGUCAUUGUCUGAUAUGAUGCUAUGAGGCUGAGAAAUAGUAAAGGUGCCAGGACCUUGCCUUGGGAUACUCUACUUCAUACUUUGCUAUGACUGAAAUUUUUUUGUUUCCUACUAUUAUUUUUUUUUUAUUAUCACACCGGCCGAUUCCCACCAAGGCAGGGUGGCCCGAAAAAGAAAAACUUUCACCAUCAUUCACUCCAUCACUGUCUUGCCAGAAGGGUGCUUUACACUACAGUUUUUAAACUGCAACAUUAACACCCCUCCUUCAGAGUGCAGGCACUGUACUUCCCAUCUCCAGGACUCAAGUCCGGCCUGCCGGUUUCCCUGAAUCCCUUCAUAAAUGUUACUUUGCUCACACUCCAACAGCACGUCAAGUAUUAAAAACCAUUUGUCUCCAUUCACUCCUAUCAAACACGCUCACGCAUGCCUGCUGGAAGUCCAAGCCCCUCGCACACAAAACCUCCUUUACCCCCUCCCUCUAACCCUUCCUAGGCCGACCCCUACCCCGCCUUCCUUCCACUACAGACUGAUACACUCUUGAAGUCAUUCUGUUUCGCUCCAUUCUCUCUACAUGUCCGAACCACCUCAACAACCCUUCCUCAGCCCUCUGGACAACAGUUUUGGUAAUCCCGCACCUCCUCCUAACUUCCAAACUACGAAUUAUCUGCAUUAUAUUCACACCACACAUUGCCCUCAGACAUGACAUCUCCACUGCCUCCAGCCUUCUCCUCGCUGCAACAUUCAUCACCCACGCUUCACACCCAUAUAAGA